GCUAACAUCUCAUCACAGAGAUCAGCCCACACACACACGCCAAGAAGAAAGCGACCGAUCGAGCUCCACUCGGCAUGGUUUCCUCCAAGAACGCCCGCUGCACCGCGCUUCUUUUCUUGGCCGCGCUGCUGCUCUCGUGCGCCGGCAUGGGCCGCGCGGCACGCCGCCUGGAGGAGACGGCGCCUGAGGACAGUUACCCGGCCGAGGCGCCGGAGUUGUCGCCUGAGGACGAUUACCCAGCCGAGGCGCCGGAGCCGUCGCCGGAGCACGAGCUGCUGCCUCCGUUCCCGUCGUUCCCGAAAGUCGAGCUGCCGCCCAUGCCCGAGAUGCCUACGAUUCCCGGGUUCAGCCUUCCUGGGGCCGAGCCGGACGCCGAUGAGCCAUGAUCAAGGACGAGGGCCGUGACAUGAACUCGGAGUCGAUCAUUUCCGGAGACAGUGUGUGCCGUCCAUGCUCAUUGUCUACGUACGUUGUGGUGUGCUGUUGUGUUCGUAUGAUCGUAUGACCUUCCACUGGACGGCAAGUGUGUAUGUCUACAUGUUCGAUAAAAAUCCUGUGAUACAGUAUUUAGUUGUGUGUUGUACACUUUUGGAUUUACACCCAUUGAAAUUAAUAUGCAAGUCUCA